AAAAAAAAAAGAGAGAGAGAGAGAGAAGGAACCUAAACAUAUACAGCGAGACAUUUUGCAGAAUCUUUGAGUUCUUCUUCCUCUUCCACUCAUGUCCUCAAUGGAAUCUCUAAAGGUACCAUACGUCAACUCCAGUCAAUCAGAGAUCUGAGCCGCUCAAUCGCAAUCACCGGCUCAUUAGAGGCCUAUCAACGGACGAUAGAAACGCUUUCUCUCCUGUAAAAGCAAUCUGCUGUAAAUUACCCGUAUUUAGCCACAUCAUCAGGUAUGGAGUGUGUUGAUGAGCGAAGAAUAUCAUGUUGCAGUGCCUAGAGGGAAUUAAGCAACUGUUUUCUGUUCUGCUGAGGUGUUGUGAUCUAGAUUUGUGUAAGCAAACAACAGGCCUUGAAGAUCCAGAAAUUCUUGCAAGGGAAACUGUCUUUAGUGUUAGUGAAAUUGAAGCACUAUAUGAGCUAUUUAAGAAGAUAAGCAGUGCUGUAAUUGAUGAUGGGUUGAUCAACAAGGAAGAGUUUCAGUUGGCUUUAUUCAAGACAAAUAAAAAGGAAAGCUUAUUCGCUGAUCGGGAAGUUCCAAGAACCUCAUAUGAUGAUUGUUUGGUUGUAACUCUAACUAUGCAGGUAUUUGAUUUGUUCGACACAAAACACAAUGGAAUAUUAGGUUUUGAGGAGUUUGCACGCGCUCUGUCAGUUUUUCACCCCAACGCACCAAUUGACGAUAAGAUUGAUUUUUCGUUUCAAUUAUACGAUCUCAAGCAACAAGGGUUCAUCGAGAGACAAGAGGUGAAGCAAAUGGUAGUAGCUACACUUGCUGAAUCUGGUAUGAAUCUUUCAGAUGAUGUAAUAGAAAGUAUCAUUGACAAGACCUUUGAGGAGGCUGAUACAAAACAUGAUGGAAAGAUUGACAAGGAAGAGUGGCGUAGCCUUGUUUUACGACAUCCAUCUCUCUUGAAGAAUAUGACUCUUCAAUAUCUCAAGGACAUCACGACUACAUUCCCGAGCUUUGUGUUUCACUCACAGGUUGACGAUACCUGAGGUAUUGCGUAUACUCUAAACUUCAGGAGUCUUUGUUGAGGAUGGUUUGUUCCUUUCUAGACAACAGUGUGGGCCUCCUGAGUUUAGAGGGCCCAGAAGAAAGCUGUCGGUUCAGUUUGUUUAUUGUUAGGAGCUAUAUUUGUGGUGUUUUUCUAUGUUUAAACUCUAUAACAUUCUUUACUUUUUUUCAAAGACGGGGUUUUUGGCUUGAUUUAACAAGGGUUGGAUUGGUUUGUAUGGAGAGUGUUCUUCCAUGAGAUAAAAAGGAAAGAAA